CAUUCCUAUAUAAACCAACCUACAAAACAAUUUUAUAUUCAUCUCGGUCAUCUUUUUGUACUUAACCUCUUAUAAAGGCUCAUUUCGAUCACACUUUAGGCCUUUUUUUUCAUCUAAAGUAGGUUUCUUCAAUUUUCCAUAACUCAAUCAAGUCGAUAGCCCGAUAAGUUUGUUCGUUUGUUUACACUUACCAAUCAAGAACCGAGAUUAUGUCAAGAUCAAGAAGAGGAGAGCCCGUGAAGGUGGUGAUCAUCAACACCGAGUAUGUUGAGACUGACGCCAUGAGCUUUAAAUCCGUGGUUCAACGCCUCACAGGGAAAGAUGCACCCCCUCCCGCCCCCUCUCCUAAAAAUAAGUUAUCAUACGGCGCUAGUGGUGCUGGUGCUGGUGUUGGUGUUGGUGUUGGUGUUGGCGUUGGUCGCAGUGAUGUGACUAUGCCGAUGUUGAAGAAAGGGAUGUCGUUUAGAGACCUUGAUAAGUUGCUACUAGAGCUUCCUACCAUGGAUGAUAUCUAUCAACUUUAUAUUGAUUAAAUACCGUAUACAUAAAUAAGCUUCCAUAUUUGUAUAUCCAUGUAUUUCUAUUCGUUUUUUCAAUACAUAUCUUCAUUGUUUGUAUACUUUGCAAAUUUAUGUAUGUAUGCACAUGUAAAUCAAAUUAUCCGUACACAUACAUGAUACAAAACUUUUAUUACAGUAUUUAAU